AUGGAAAAAGAUCAACAUGUUGUCAUUAUCGGAGCCGGCGCCUUUGGUCUCGGCACUGCGCUGAGACUAAUGGAAGAAGGCUACAAGUCAGUCACAAUCCUGGACCGAUCGGUACCCCCAGUCCCAGAUGGAUCAAGCAACGAUAUCUCCCGUGUCAUUCGCUUCGACUACGGAGACCCCAUCUACGCCGAAAUCGCCAAGGAAGCCUUCGACCUUUGGAAGACCCCCGAUUAUAAGGAAGCAUUCCACCAAACACCCUGCUUAUGGGUGUGUCAAGAUGGAACCCCAGAGCAACCAGUGCAACCUCGUGCCCAGGAAUACAGCCGCAAGACAAAGCGCGUCUUGACUGAAAUGGGCCAGGAAUGGGUCCCCGUCGGAAGCGUGGAAGAGGCCAAGCAGCACUUCCCUAAACUGACCGGACGGCUUGCUACACCUGGCUUUGAUGGCUUCUAUAAUACUUCCGCUGGGUGGGCAGAUGCUGGCCUUGCCUGCGCUCGUCUCAUGUCUCGCUGUGCUUCAUCCGGUGUUAACUUCAUUACUGGGCCUAAUGGUCAGGUCGAGGAAUUUGAGAAGAAUCCGGAUGGAACGAUCAAAAUGGACGGACGUGUUGAAGGUGAUCAUUUCAUUGUUGCCACUGGUGCCUGGACUUCAAGUCUUAUUCCUGCUUGGAACUCGAUGCUUGCUGCUGGGCAGGUUGUUGGCUACCUGCGCCUGACACCCGAGGAAGUCGCUGAACUGAGAGAUCUUCCCAUUUACUUCAACUUCUCUACUGGCUUCUUUGCUUUCCCUCCACACGAGCCCACUGGCUACCUUAAGGUCGCUUGUCACGGCUUUGGCUAUACUCGCUCUGAGCCUUCAGUAGUGUCUGCACCGCCUAGCGUAGCAGUCGCUUCGCGAGCCAACUAUAUUCCUGCCGAUGGACUCAAGCGUCUCACAGCUGGCCUGGUGGAUCUCUUCCCCCAGCUUGCACCGCGGGGAUUUGAAAAGGUUGGAAUCUGCUGGUAUAAUGAUACCCCAACGGGCGACUUCAUCUUUGAUUACCACCCAGAGCACAAAAACUUGUUCAUUGCAACUGGCGGUAGCGGACAUGCUUUCAAGUUCCUACCAGUGAUCGGAAAAUACAUUGUGGGAAGCUGGCAACGAAAGCUCUCAGAUAAGUUGCUUGAGAAGUGGAAGUUCCCUACCCAGUUCCGUGAGCGCUUCCAGGGUGAGGUAUUCACGGGAGAUGGAAGCCGUGGAGGACCAGAGCGAAGAGAAUUGACAGCUCAAGAACUGGACAUUUUCGACACGGCUUUGAAGGCUUCUGGGUCUCGACAAAGCAAGAUUUAA